UCCCUUCAGCCUGUAAGCCACUGUAGUCUUCCAGCUUGACGGAGAAGACCAGGAGCCUUUUUUUGCACUACAGUAUAGGAUACAACUGGGUGAAGGAGCUAUACAAUAAAACAAGCAAUACUGUUCAUCUUCUCCUUCUGGCUUUCUGCAGGUGAUGCAUCUCCUUUAAGGACCUCCUUACAAUAACACACCUGAUAUAAAAUGGCAGACAAGGACAGUGUGGAAAAAUACUUGGAAAAUAACCCACAGUUUGCAAAAGAGUAUUUUGAUAAGAAGCUGCGGUCUGAAGUUAUCAAUGCUGCUUUUACGGAGAAGCUCGAGAUCAAAGAUCCAUCCUCUUACAAAGACGUCUGCCAGAUCCAGGAGGCUGCUAUCAUAUUUGAUCUGGUCAGGGAAUUACAGGGUGAAAUAGUCAUGGAGAAGAGCAUGCACAAGGCCCUCCAGAGAAUAUGUAUGCUAGUGAAUGCAGAUCGAUGCAGCUACUUUAUAUCUCGAGCAAGGAAUGGAAUCCCAGAGCUUGCCACAUGUCUUUUUGACAUUACUCCUACCUCCACAUAUGAGAGCAAUUUGGUCAACCCAUUUUCUGAAAUUGUGUUCCCCACUGACAUCGGCAUAGUUGGGCAAAUAGCCACAAACAAAAAGGGAGUUAACAUACCUGACGUGAAGCAGAACCCCCGGUUCAGUGACUUUGUAGACAACCAGACAGGCUACACCACCAAAAACCUGAUGGCUGCUCCAAUUGUUUGUGGAAAGGAUCUUCUGGGAGUCGUCAUGGCAUUAAACAAAGUUGGAGGAACAGAAUUCUCCAAAACAGAUGAACAUCUCUUCAACAAUUACUUAAACUUUGCCUCGGUCAUCGCUCUUCAACAUUACACCAAUUAUAUGUGGAAUGUAGAAUCCAGAAGAAGUCAGGUUCUUCUCUGGUCCGCCAGUAAAGUAUUUGAAGAGUUGACGGACAUUGAGAGACAGUUUCACAAAGCUUUGUACACUGUGAGGACCUACCUGCAGUGUGAGAGGUACUCUGUGGGGCUACUGGAUAUGACCAAAGAGAGGGAAUUCUAUGAUGAGUGGCCGAUUAAACUGGGAGACGUGGAACCGUACAAAGGGCCCAAGACACCUGAUGGCAGGGAAAUCAACUUCUACAAAAUCAUAGAUUAUCUUUUAGAAGCUAAGGAAGAAAUCAAAGUCAUACCGGGACCACCUGCAGAUCACUGGGCCCUUGUUAGUGGACUCCCCAGCUAUGUAGCUGAAAAUGGCUUUAUUUGUAACAUGAUGAAUGUUGCUGCUGAUGAAUACUUCACAUUCCAGAAAACAGCCGUGGAUGAGACAGGCUUUAUCAUCAAGAACGUCUUGUCUCUUCCGAUUGUCAACAAAAAAGAGGAAAUCGUAGGCAUUGCCACUUUCUUCAACCGAAAAGAUGGCAAGCCAUUUGAUGAGCAAGAUGAGCAGAUCACUGAGGCCCUCACACAAUUCCUGGGUUGGUCUGUGCUCAACUGUGACACUUAUGAUAAACUGAACAAAAUGGAGUGGAGGAAAGAAAUUGCUCAGGAGAUGGUUAUAUAUCAAACAAGAGCAUCCCUGAAUGAGGUCCAGGAGAUCCUGAACACAAGGGAGAAGUUUAAUAAAGAACCAGAGGAGUGUGAUCAAAAAGAAAUGUACAAACUCUUGAGGGCAAACAUACCUGAAGCCAAGGAUGUUGACCUGCUGGAGUUCCACUUCAGUGACUUUCCUCUGUCUGAAUUCGACCUUAUCAAGUGUGGUAUUCGCUGCUUCUUUGAACUUGGAGUGGUGGAGAAGUUCAAAGUUCCCCCAGAGGUUCUAACCAGAUGGAUGUACACAGUCAGGAAGGGUUACAGAGACAUUACUUACCAUAACUGGAGGCAUGGCUUCAACGUGGGUCAGACCAUGUUCUGUUUACUGCAGACUGGAAAGCUGAGAAAAUACUACUCAGACCUUGAUGCCUUUGCUAUGGUGGCGGCUGCUUUUUGCCAUGACAUUGACCACAGGGGUACCAACAACCUUUAUCAGACAAAGAGUGCUUCACCUUUGGCCAAACUUCAUGGGUCCUCUAUUCUGGAGAGACACCAUCUUGAAUAUAGCAAGACUCUAAUGGCAGAAGAGAACCUAAACAUUUUUCAGACUCUACAGAAACGCCAGUUUGAAACAGUACAGCAUUUACAUGAUGUCUGCAUCAUUGCCACUGAUCUGGCUUUGUACUUCAAAAAAAGAACAUUGUUCCAGAAGAUUGUUGAUACCACAGAACCAAUGACAGAUGACAAGGAAGCCAUUAACUUUGUAGCAACCAAUCCCGUCAGGAAAGAAAUCAUCAUGGCAAUGAUGAUGACAGGCUGUGACCUGUCUGCCAUCACAAAACCAUGGGAGGUCCAAAGCAAGGUGGCUCUGAUGGUGGCUGCUGAAUUCUGGGAACAGGGAGACCUAGAGAGGACUGUACUUGAGCAAGAACCUAUUCCCAUGAUGGACAGGAAGAAGGCGGAUGAGCUGCCCAAGAUGCAGUGUGGCUUCAUUGAUUUUGUCUGCUCAUUCGUGUACAAGGAAUUUGCAAGAUUCCAUAAGGAGAUCACUCCCAUGUUUGCUGGUCUGAACAACAACAGAGCCCACUGGAAAGAGCUGGCUGAUGUAUAUCAAGCCAAACUAGAUGCCAUUGAGAAUGAAAAGAAGAAACAGGAGGACAAAAAAGAAGUUACUGAAGGAGGGAAGUCUAAAACGUGCACCAUAUUUUAAAAAGAACCAUUGGACAAAGAGCUUGACCAACCAGUUACAUGUGACAGCAGGUGGAAGGUUUUUUUAACCAGGUGGAGGUUUUUGGACCUCAGGAUUCACCAUUUUUGGUUGUUUUUCCCUUUCUGUAAUUCUGACAAAAAAAACAAACCAAAAACUCUAAAUCUAUUACAGAUGAAAGGGCUGAUUCUGAAAAUAACACAGAACACCACAGCAAAACUGGAAAAUAAUGUACAGUCUGGAUAUUGUUUGGUGUUUCUUUCAUGUAUCACUAGCUUUCAACAGAUUUAAGAUGGACAGAUUUCAGUUCUUCCAGUAAUUAUCGCAAAAGCUGCAAUAUAACAGCUAAAUUAUAACAUGGACUUAUUUAAGAGAUCAAAGGUUUUUUUUUUAAUGCUGUCAAUAAUACUUCAUUAGUGAGUUCAUCAUAUUUAUAUAUGAAAUAUAUAUUUAUAUAAAAAAUACAUUAAUUUGUUUAAACAGUGAGAAGUGUUGGAGAAAGUAACAAUGAAGAGGCAACUUGUGUUUUUUUUUUUCUUUUUGCCUAAUACAUUUUUAAAGACCAUUUCGAAAUGACGAUGUAAAGGUUCAAGGCCAGAACUUGACUGAUGUUAGUGAAACAUUUCGAAGGGUUACUUCAGUGUGUUGCACGAAUUUUCAAGAAUUGUCAUGGAUGCAGAGGGCCUGAUAGUUCUUAGUGAUUAAUAAUGCAUUGAGAUUCUAACAAUAUGAUGAAUGAUGUCAAUGUGCAGUUGGCUCUAAUUAAAGCACAUCUAGACUGAUAGAGCUAAGUGGUCUUGCACAUAUCUCAUGAUAUCACAUGAU